AUGACCUCACCUGUUGCUCUGCACGAGGUAGACCUCACUUCAGAAACGACGCUCUCAGCGGUAAUAGAGCUUCUGCGGCCCCACGCCCCCUACAGCCUCGCAGCGCUCGGCGGCAUCCUCAACUCGCGCGACCGAACGGUCGCCCUGCCGCUCUCACCUCCUACCGUGCAGAUGUGGCUCACCGCGCCUCUCUCCGAUCUGCAUCCAGGCACACCAACACUCUUCUCCGCCGUCGUCUUCCUCCCCGUCAGCCACCAGUUCCGCUUCGUCUGCUCCGCAGAGUCCUCGCCCUCGUCUGAGGCGGUAGCCCCGUCAGCGGAGGAGCAAGCGCACGUUCUCGCCGCGUUCCACGCGCUCCUGCAGCUCGCGGCGGCGCACAGGCCAACGUACGACGCGGAUCUGAUGCCGACCAAGGUGCUGCACGCGCCUGAGGCCAAGGGGACAGACGCGCCGCCGAUGGUGCUCGUCGGGUGCGUCAACGCGCGGUGGAGCGCGUGUCUCCAGCCCCUUGCGGAGAGCCAGAAUCCGUCCGUGAGGCAGAUCAGGCCUGCCCUCGCGCCUGAGGCAAGGUCGGGCGUCACCGGUCAAGACCAUCCGGCGGCGCUCCCGCUGAGUGAAAGUUGGACGAUCUCGAAGAUCGAGGAGAGGGACGUUGAUGCGGUGCGGAGCACGUCGCAUAUCCCGAGGUCGAGGGAGUAUUUGCUGUCUCGAUCGGCCACCUCGGUCUGCAUACGGGACGAGGCGGCGAGUCCGCCUGGGAGAGCGAUAUCGUGGGGGCUGCUUCAUGCCGACGGGAGCAUCGGCGCGCUGUACGUGGAUCCCGAUUACCGCAGGCGGGGCCUCGCCAAGUUCGUGGUGAAGGAGCUGGUGAGGAAGCUGGAUGUCAGGUUCCCGGACUCGCCGCUCGCCAGUGGGGACGAGGGCGGCGGUGCGCUCGGGUGGAACUGGACCGAGGCGGACGUUUGGAACGAGGAGAGUCAGAAGCUGCUUUUGAGCUUGGAGGGAUGGAGGUACGGGUGGAUGGUACACUGGACAUACAUACGGGGUGACCGUGCUAUGAAGAAACUUUCUUAG